UAUUUGUGCAGAGUCACGAGAUGGUCCACUCGUAUAAAACGGCCCGCCGGGCUGGACCAGGGGUAUCAGUUCGUCUCUAGCGUCGAUCCAGAACAGUAACAAUGAAGUCUUUCGUUUGCGUCGUGGUUCUAGUCGCCCUGGUUGGAGUUAACGCCCUGACCGAGGAGCAGCUCAAGAAAGCCGACGGAUUCGCCAAGGAGUGCCUCGAGCAGGCCACCGGACUGACCAAGGAUACCAUCGCGAAGCUGCGCGCCGGUGAUUUCACGGACGUGGACCAGACCCAGAAGUGCUUCACGCGGUGCUUCCUUGAGCGGGCCGGUUUCAUGGACGCCGAGGGUGCGCUGAUCAACGACUACGCCAUCGAGCGGCUUUCGCUGGACCGCGAGAAGAGCAAGGUCGAAGCGCUGGUCACCAAGUGCAGCCAGAAGAUGGACGACCCCUGCGAGACGGCGUUCCGGGCCUUCGAGUGCUACUUCAACGGCAAGGCGUCGCUCUGUAGUAGCAGCAUCCGCUCGUGUUGCAAUAAUCUUUGUAGAACAUCAUUUCGAUUUCGUCGAGCCCGGAGAGUGCAAGUUUUUCGCUUUGUUUUGAGAAAGAUUUCGUUUAGAGUAGAUUUUAUUCGAAUCAGGAUGAAGUGUGCAGUGUUGCUAGUCGUGGCGGUGGCUUGUGGAGUUUCGGCAGUGCCUCAACAGGCGCCACCCAACCUGGAGGACAUUAGCAGGAUACCAAACGGCGAGAUGUACGCCCUGGAGUGUCUGCUAACCAGUGGCCUCCGGAUUGACUCGCUGAAGGCACUCCAAACCGGAGACAUUGCAGUCAACGGCGAUCAAGUCAAGUGUCUGGUGAAGUGCUUCUUCGAAAAAGCCGGUUUCAUGGACAGCGAGGGGAAGCUGCAGCAGGAAGUCAUCGUCCGGCAGCUAGGCCAAAUGAUGGGCCAGGACCAGGUGCAGAAGCUGGAGGAGAACUGCAACGUUCAGGGUGUGGAUGCCUGCGAUACGGCGUACAAAGCGACCGAGUGCUACUUCAAGAACAAAGCCGGUUUGUUCUAGAUCGUUAUUUUGGAAACGUGUCCUCGUGAAAAUGUGAAUCUGUACAGAAAAAAAGGGUACAAACCAUGUGCUUGUUUUUGUUUAGCCUUGUUUGAUUGUUGCAAUGAAUAAAACGGCACGCUGUAAUUAAAAAUC